ACACACACACGGCGCAGCGCUGAAAACAAGACACACGCAAACACGCACGCGCACAGAGGCAGCGUCAGACUGAGGCUCAUGACAGCGUCGCAGAAAGUCACAGUGUAGUUGCAGCCAUGGAGAAACCUCCCUUCAGGCAGAACCAGAGCUGUGGAGACUGGGAGCUGAAGGAGAGGCUGGGAAUGGGAGGCUUCGCCCAUGUUUACCUCUACCAGCAUCACGAAACAAACGAAAAGCUUGCUGUAAAAAUGUGUCGUCUAGAGCUCACUCCAAGAAAUAAGGACAGAUGGAGCAGAGAAAUCCAGAUCAUGAAGAAAUUAAAUCACAUAAAUGUUGUGACAGCCCGAGAAGUCCCAGACGAGAUGAAGUACAUAGCCUUAAAUGAUCUUCCCCUGCUGGCCAUGGAGUACUGCUCCAGAGGAGACCUGAGGAGGGUUCUGAGCAAACCUGAAAACUGCUGCGGUUUGAAAGAGAGUGAAGUUCUGUCCUUACUCAACGAUGUUGGAGCUGGUAUCCAGUAUCUGCAUGAAAACAAGAUCAUCCACAGAGAUCUUAAACCUGAGAACAUUGUGCUUCAGGAUAUCAACGGAAAGCUGGUUCACAAAAUCAUUGACCUGGGCUACGCUAAAGACCUGGACCAGGGGAGUCUGUGCACCUCCUUUGUCGGCACGCUGCAGUACCUGGCACCCGAGCUGUUUGAGAAUAAGCCGUACACCGUCACUGUGGACUACUGGAGCUUUGGUACAAUGAUAUUCGAGUGCAGUUGUGGUUUCCGUCCUUUCUUGCACAACCUUCAACCUGUGCAGUGGGCGAGCAAAGUACGGAAUAAAGGUCCUAAAGACAUCAUGGCGGUGGAAGACCUGAACGGAGAAGUCAGAUUCUCCACACACCUCCCUUACCCCAACAAUCUGAGCAGGACACAGCUGGAGCCGAUGGAGUCUCUGCUUCAGCUGAUGUUAAAGUGGGAUCCUGUCUACAGAGGAGGCAAAGUGAAUCCCGACACCAAGAAACCCAUGUGCUUUGAAGUACUGGAGCAGAUACUGAGUACAAAGGUCGUCCACAUCCUGAACAUGACCACAGCCCAGGUCCACUCUUUCCAGCUGACUCCAGACGAGAGUCUCCACAGCCUGCAGAAACGCAUCGAGGCCGAGACCAAGAUCGAAGUGGUGAACCAGGAGCUGCUGCAGGAGACGGGCGUAUCACUAGACCCCAGGAAGUCCGCCGCGCAGUGUGUCUUAGAUGGAGUGAGAGGCUGGGACAGCUACAUCGUCUACCUGUUCGACAAGAGCAUCACCAAGUACUCUGGGCCCUUCAGUGCCAGACAGCUGCCGGACAAAGUCAGCACCAUCGUUCAAGAGGCCAAGACCCAGCUGCCCCUGGUGGCGCUGAAGAAGGUUUGGGGUGAAGCAGUGAGCUACAUCUGUGGACUAAAGGACGACUACAGCCGACUGUUUCAAGGACAGAGGGCAGCGAUGCUGAGCCUCCUGCGCUACAACACCAACCUGACCCGGUGUAAGAACAGCAUGUUCGGCUUCUCUCAGCAGCUGAAAGCCAAGUUAGAUUUCUUCAAGAGCAGCAUCCAGUACGACCUGGAGAAGUACAGCGAUCAGAUGCACUAUGGCAUAUCCUCUGAGAAGAUGCUGAAGGCCUGGCAGGAGAACGAGGAGCGAGCUGCUGCUUUCGCACAGGUGGCAGAGGUGAGCCACUUGGAUGACGAGAUCAUGGCUCUGCACUCGGAGAUCGUGGAACUUCAGAGGAGCCCGUACGCUCGGCGCCAAGGAGACAAGAUGGAGCAGCUAGAAGAAAAGGCCAUCGAGCUCUAUAAGCAACUGAAGAUGAAGUGCAAAAUAUCUGAGACAGAUGUGAGCAGCGACAGCUCUGAGAUGGUGAAGGCCAUUAUUCAAACCGUUCAGAACCAAGACAAGGUCCUCAAAGAUCUGUACACGCACCUCAGAAAAAUCCUGAUCAGCAAACAAAAGAUCAUUGACCUGUUUCCACGGAUUGAGAAAACCCUGGAGAGCAUCAAGGACGCUGACAACACAGUGAUGCAGAUGCAGAUAAAGAGACAGAGAGAGUUCUGGCAUUUGCUGAAGAUCGCAUGUGCUCAGAACUCGUCUCGGAGCUCGAUAGCAGCCAGCCCAGAGUCGUCCAACCUGAUGCAGGUUUCUCAGUGGUCACAGUCGGCACAACCCGUCAGCUCCCCACAUCCUCUGACCUCCCUACCUGGGCCCAACGACAGUGAUGCAGCUCCACGUCUGCUGCAGGAGAACCAGAAGUACCUCAGUCAGCUGACCAGCCUGAUGCAGGAGGCGGCUGAUGAACAGACCAAGAGCAUAGUGGACCAAGACUGGAGCUGGACAAAAUACGAAACUUUAACAACAAAAUUAAAAAAGCAAAACGCGUAAGACCUGUGUGCGUCCUCCAUCCCUGCUCCGAGUAACACUAAGGACUGUGAGCUGUGAACGCAGCAGAACGCCACCACGACAUUGUACAGUUGUACAUGGACUCGGGAUAUUCUCUUUAAAAAAACCAAAACAAAACGGUUCUCUCUCUCUUUUAAUAAAAAAUCAGAGUUCACACCUGCUCAGUGGUGUCCGUCCCAUCGUCUCACGCGGUGGAACGUUUGAUCGAUGAAUAUUCCUGUUUUUCUACAAGUGUCCCUCCCGUCCUCUGUUUCCUUCUGCUGCACUAAGUUUAUCACAACUCAUGAAAACCAACGAUGUUCAUUUGUACUGUUCAUUGCAAAACUGUAGCAGCAGAUUUGAGGGUUCGAGGACGAUGUGAAUCACGUGGGAGAAUAUUUGACAGAAACAAGAGAAGCCUCGUGACACCAGGAAAGGACGGGAAGUGGGCGAGCGGGUGGGGGGGGGGGGCGUUGGAGGAGGAAAUUACAAUCAAGCAAACAGCACUUUGAUACUCCCAUGUAUCCUCUCUGUACCGAGACGAAGCGUCCCAGGCUGACGAGACGGAAACUGUUAUUCUCACACUCGAAAUCGAUUUCGUAUGAUUUACUAUAAACAUUCUGGCGUUUAGAUUCCGUGCACGUGUUGUUUUCCUUCAAGUUCAUUUUCGAAUCAAGUAUUUUAUAUCACAGGCAGAAGUCUCUGUCAUGAUGUGUGUGACAGACGUGGCGGGCCAUCAUGUGCAUACUUUGUCUUUAAUGUACGUCUGUCUUUUUAAACCGGAGGUUCGGGUCUCGUUGACACACACGCUCUGUUUCACUGGACGGUCGAGGCUGCGUUCGUGUCAUAUGAAGCCAAAACAACGAUGAGUCCAUUUAUUGAUUAAUGUCAAGAUUUGUAGUUUCUCCACUGUAACGAUUUAAACACGAUACAAUAAUAAAAAUAAUAAGAAUUCAUUGAAUAUCUUUGAGUUGUGGAUUAAUACGAACAUAAAGAAUAUUUAAAUACACAGUAAAUGUCCCAGUGGGCUCAAAUUCAUUUUUAAUUAUUAAGAAAACAGAGUUCAAUUUGAUAUCUGCUGGUUGGAGCAGAGGAGUACGUGACAUCCUCUUUUUCUAAUUCAGAAAGAAAAGUCAUUUGAUGAUGAUCUCUGUGGUAAACGUGUUGAGUGCAGCCCCCUCGAUCCUGUGAGUUCAAACACGGGGCUCAGCGGUUUAUGACGUGAACGCAGGCUUCAGUUUUCGUGGAGGCGUGAGACGACCUGGUUUCCAUUCAAAUAAAAUGUCUGUAGCACGUUCGGCCUCUUCAGCCGCUGAGCGUCAGGUGUCGUUGACUUCGGGCCAGAGAGGAAGUAGCCUUCUGAGUUGUAUUUAUGAAGUUGAAGUGCAAUGGAGAGAAGAUAUUUUUUAUAUUUAAGUAACUUGAUUUGUUGGUCUUCUUUUGAUUAGAGUAUUUUUGUUUCCAUCCGAUGGUUUCAACUUGUCUCUGAAUGUUUAAUUUUUAGAAAUGUCGGUGUAUAAAGAUCAAAUGUUUGCCUGGAAAUAAAAUAAAAAGACUUUGGCAUGAC